UCCCUGCGCCGGCGCAUGCGCGUCGCCCCCCCUCGGCCGCGGGGAGGGGGAUGCGGACGGGGGAAGAUGGCGGCCUCGAACAACCCGCGGAAAUUCAGCGAGAAGAUCGCGCUGCACAACCAGAAGCAGGCGGAGGAGACGGCGGCCUUCGAGGAGGUCAUGAAGGACCUGAGCCUGACCCGCGCGCACCGGCUACAGCUGCAGAAAACCCAAUAUUUGCAACUGGGGCAGAGCCGUGGCCAGUACUACGGGGGGUCAUUGCCAAAUGUGAAUCAGAUUGGGAACAGUGCCAUGGAUCUCCCCUUCCAGCACAACGGAGCUCUGGCUGAAGCCUUUGGAGCAGUUCCUGUCUCUUUGACCCCGUUCCAGUCGUCGGCGCUGGACACCAGCAGGACCACGCGGCACCACGGCCUGGUGGACAGGGUGUACCGGGACCGCAACCGCCUGGGCUCGCCGCACCGCCGCCCGCUCUCCGUGGACAAGCACGGCCGCCAGGUGGACAGCUGUCCCUAUGGCACGGUGUACCUGUCACCGCCGUCGGACACCAGCUGGAGGAGGACAAAUUCUGAUUCUGCCUUGCACCAGAGCACCAUGACUCCAGCUCAGCAGGAAUCCUUUUCAGGAGGCUCACAGGACAUGCAGCAGAAAAGAGUUUUAUUGCUGACUGUCCCUGGAAUGGAAGAAACCACCUCUGAUGCAGACAAAACCCUCUCGAAGCAAGGCUGGGACACUAAAAAGACUGGGUCAUCGAGACCUAAAUCCUGUGAAGUUCCAGGAAUCAACAUCUUCCCGUCGGCGGAGCAGGAGGGCCCCGCGGCGCUGAUCCCCGGCACGCACAACACGGGCGGGUCCCUGCCCGACCUCACCAACAUCCACUUCCCGUCCCCCCUGCCCACGCCCCUGGACCCCGAGGAGUCCCCGUUCCCCGCCCUCAGCACCUCCAGCAGCACCGGGAACCUGGCGGCCAACCUCACCCACCUGGGCAUCGGCACCGCCGCCGCCGCAGGGAUGACGACGACGCCGGCGCCGUCCCAGCACCGCCAGCCCGGUGUGACCCCGCUGCCGCUGGGCGCGGACUCGCGGCGGCCACAGAGCCAGCAGAUGUCCCCCACGCUGUCCCCGCUCUCACCCAUCACUCAGGCCGUGGCCAUGGACGCUCUGUCCCUGGAGCAGCAGCUCCCCCCGUACCCCUUUUUCACCCAGAGCAGCCCCCAGCAGCAGCAGCAGGCGGCGGUGGCCAGCUCCCUGCCCCAGACCCCCCCUCUGCUGCAGAGCUCGGGGCUGCAGAGGGGUCCCCAGCUGCCCCCCCUGUCUGUCACGGUACCUUCCACCAUCCCCCAGUCACCCCCGGGCAGCCAGAGCCAGCCCUCCAUGGGCAUCGACAUCAACUCGGCCUCACUCCAGCAGUACCGCAGUAAUGCUGGCUCCCCAGCCAACCAGUCUCCCACCUCUCCUGUCUCCAAUCAAGGCUUCUCUCCUGGCAGCUCCCCUCAACAUUCUUCCAUGCUGGGCAGUGUUUUUGGGGACUCCUAUUAUGAGCAGCAGAUGACAGCUAGGCAGGCUAAUGCCCUCUCCCACCAGCUGGAGCAGUUCAACAUGAUCGAGAACGCCAUCAGCUCCAACAGCCUCUACAGCCCCUGCUCCACCCUCAACUACUCGCAGGCUGCCAUGAUGGGACUGACGGGCAGCCACGGCAGCCUGCACGACUCGCAGCAGCUCGGCUACUCCAGCCACGGCAACAUCCCCAACAUCAUCCUCACAGUGACAGGAGAAUCCCCCCCCAGCUUAUCAAAAGAACUGACCAGCUCCUUGGCGGGCGUGGGGGACGUCAGCUUCGACACGGAUUCCCAGUUCCCUCUGGACGAACUCAAAAUUGACCCCUUGACCCUGGAUGGACUUCACAUGCUCAACGACCCCGACAUGGUCCUCACCGACCCCGCCACAGAGGACACGUUCCGCAUGGACCGCCUGUGACCGCCCGCCCGGCCCGCAGCGCCCGCGCCGCAGCCUCCGCCCCGGGGGUCCCCGUGUGCCGCCCGGGGGUCCCCGUGUGCCGCCCCGGGGGUCCCCGUGUGCCGCCCGGGGGUCCCCGUGUGCCGCCCCGGGGGUCCCCAUGUGCCGCCCCGGGGGUCCCCGUGCACCGCCCCGGGGUCCCCGUGCACCGCCCCGGGGUCGCAGCUGCUCCGUGUCCCCUGUACAAUGAGUAACCACAGCUUGUUGUUCUGAGCUUGCCGCGCUGCCGAGCCCCGUCCCCGCCGUGGCGCCAGCGAUGUCACCCCCGAGCCGCGCCUUGCCGUGAGGAGUCGUGUCCGGUUUGUCCCCGGUGUUCCGUCGGCCUUUUCCUCUGCAGAGCCCCCCUGUCCCCCGGCAGAGCCCGGCCGUGGCUGCCGGCACCAGAGAGGGGCUGGGGGCGGCCGGGGAGGGGCGGGAGGUGCUGGCAGACACCGAGAGCUCUCCCCGGGCCGGGAGGGGAAUCCCUGCACUGCCACCUCCCCCUGGAAUUGUGGCUCUGUGACACUGUCACCCCUCCAGGUGCCCUGCUUGUCCCCAGCUGUGUCCCCAACCUCUCGUCCCUCCCUCCUGCCCCAGCAAUCCCGGCAAAGCGGAGCCGCCGAGCCCGAAAAUCCACUUUAAAACACUAUUUUUUUUCCAAGCUUUUUAUGUUUUUUUUAAUUUUUUUUUUUAAAUAUAUAUGUAAUAUAUAUCUAUUUCUAUAUAUGGCUACAUAUAUAGAGAGCAUUUCUGAGCACACAUGAAAGUUCUAUAAUUCAUUACUUGAUUAGACAGAGGAUCAGAACAUCUUAAAGCAGCUAAAAAAAAGUAGAGACUAACCUGCAUAAUCCUAAUUUUUACUUUGUGAGAGAUUCCUGGGCAACAGGAAGGGCAUUUCCAUAGCAAUGCCAGGCUCGUAGAAUCAUGAUUUUUUAAUUUUUUAUUCUUAUUCAUUACUUAUUCUGUUACUUAUUUAUGAUUUUUUGUUGUCAUUGUCGUUGUCAUUUCUUUUUUUUUUUAAUUUAAAUAUUGGGAUAUUAGGAAAGUAGCUCAACUACAUACAGCCAAUGGAAGCACUCUACAUAAUGUUUGUACAGUACAUUUUUUUGUGGUUUUAUUCCAGAAAUAUAUUAUAUAUAUUAUAUAUGUAGGUAUUUUUAAACUAACUGGAAUUUUAAACAGAUGUUAAGCAGGAAUAAGGAGGCCUAAGGCAAGUUUAGAUAUUUUCCUUUGGGAUAGGCAAAACAGGGUGGCUGAAACUUAAAAAUUCCUUCAUUCACCCAGGGGAAAACAAAAUCUCUUGCUCCACAAUGACCGGGAUUGAAUCCUCCAAAAUUCUGUUUGAUUAAAUGGAGAAUUGAUUAUUUCUGGUGAUCCUUGUGAAUAUUCUGUGCUGCAAAUUAAAACAAAAUCCCACCCAGAUCCCUCAGGCUGGGAAUUGGGGAUUCCCGAAUUUCUGGGAAUGAAGGAAUUCCAAGGGCACUGCUGGAGCAUCCCUGUUCCCCUGGGACAGCCUCUCCCAGCACAGGGCAGGCAGGAAUUCAUCAGCAAUUAACAGGAUUGGAGUCUCAUUAACUAAUUAACAGUGUAACCCCCGAGGGGGGGCUGGUCCUGGAGAGGGAGGCGCUGCCAGCCCGGGCUGGGGGCAGGACGUGGAUCCCAUUCCCUAAAAUCCCAUCCCAGUCCCAGUCCAAACUGGGAGCUGGACAAGGAUCCCAUUCCCUAAAAUCCCAUCCCAGUCCCAGUCCAAACUGGGAGCUGGACAAGGAUCCCAUUCCCUAAAAUCCCAUCCCAGUCCCAGUCCAAACUGGGAGCUGGACAAGGAUCCCAUUCCCUAAAAUCCCAUCCCAGUCCCAGUCCAAACUGGGAGCUGGACAAGGAUCCCAUUCCCUAAAAUCCCAUCCCAGUCCCAGUCCAAACUGGGAGCUGGACAAGGAUCCCAUUCCCUAAAAUCCCAUCCCAGUCCCAGUCCAAACUGGGGGCAGGACGUGGAUCCCAUUCCCUAAAAUCCCAUCCCAGUCCAAACUGGGGGCAGGACGUGGAUCCCAUUCCCUAAAAUCCCAUCCCAGUCCAAACUGGGGGCAGGACGUGGAUCCCAUUCCCUAAAAUCCCAUCCCAGUUCCAGUCCAAACUGGGGGCAGGACGUGGAUCCCAUUCCCUAAAAUCCCAUCCCAGUCCCAGUCCAAACUGGGAGCUGGACAAGGAUCCCAUUCCCUAAAAUCCCAUCCCAGUCCAAACUGGGAGCUGGACAAGGAUCCCAUUCCCUAAAAUCCCAUCCCAGUCCAAACUGGGAGCAGGACGUGGAUCCCAUUCCCUAAAAUCCCAUCCCAGUCCAAACUGGGAGCUGGACAAGGAUCCCAUUCCCUAAAAUCCCAUCCCAGUCCCAGUCCAAACUGGGAGCUGGACAAGGAUCCCAUUCCCUAAAAUCCCAUCCCAGUCCCAGUCCAAACUGGGAGCUGGACAAGGAUCCCAUUCCCUAAAAUCCCAUCCCAGUCCCAGUCCAAACUGGGAGCUGGACAAGGAUCCCAUUCCCUAAAAUCCCAUCCCAGUCCAAACUGGGAGCUGGACGUGGAUCCCAUUCCCUAAAAUCCCAUCCCAGUCCAAACUGGGAGCUGGACAAGGAUCCCAUUCCCUAAAAUCCCAUCCCAGUCCCAGUCCAAACUGGGGGCAGGACGUGGAUCCCAUUCCCUAAAAUCCCAUCCCAGUCCCAGUCCAAACUGGGGGCAGGACGUGGAUCCCAUUCCCUAAAAUCCCAUCCCAGUCCAAACUGGGGGCAGGACGUGGAUCCCAUUCCCUAAAAUCCCAUCCCAGUUCCAGUCCAAACUGGGGGCAGGACGUGGAUCCCAUUCCCUAAAAUCCCAUCCCAGUCCCAGUCCAAACUGGGAGCUGGACAAGGAUCCCAUUCCCUAAAAUCCCAUCCCAGUCCAAACUGGGAGCUGGACAAGGAUCCCAUUCCCUAAAAUCCCAUCCCAGUCCAAACUGGGAGCUGGACAAGGAUUCCCUAAAUCCCAGUCCCAGUCCAAACUGGGAGCUGGACAAGGAUUCCCUAAAUCCCAUCCCAGUCCCCCCGGUGGGGUCUGUGCCCCCUUCCCACCCUCCUGUCCCCCCAAGGGACCCCCAAAUCUCCGGCUCACCCCAAUCCCGAAGCUCCUCCUGCCGGGAACGGCGCUGGGCUGCUCUUAACGAGCUCCCUCGCAAUUAAUGAGAGUCCCCCUGCAAUUAACGACUUCUCUCUGCUCUCCUAAUGAGUUAUACCAAGUUUCUGUGUGCUUCCAGAAAUCCCCGGGCUGCCAUGCCCGGAUCCCUCCUGCUCUGGGGUUGUCCCCAGGCCCGGGUGUCCCCUCCCCUCCCCUCCCGUGCCAUUUCUUGACCAUUUGCACUAAAAAUGUGGAAUUUUUUCUUGGCUUCCCUGUGUCUUUUGGUUUGGUUUGGUUUUUUUUUAAUUUUACCCUUCUCCACGCCCUCCAGAGGUUUCCCCGCAUCUCUUGGGAAUGUUUUGGGAUUUUUUUGGCAGGGUUUGAGCCCGGUAGGACACGUUCACUCCUGGUGGCUGCUUGUUUCCCAUCCCUCAGGCUUUUUCAGUUUAAGGAGGAGAUAAAAGGCUCAGACAGGAGGAAACCUGGAAAAAAACAGGAGGAAACCUGGAAAAAACCAGGGGGAAACCUGGAAAAAGCAGGAGGAAACCUGGAAAAAGCAGGAGGAAUUUGGGCGCAGGUGACUCGGAGCCCCUUGCUGAAGGUGCAGUGUGAGCCCCCGGCUCCGAGUGGGAAUUCCCUGUCCCUGGAAUGACUCUGUGCAUGUGGCAGUCCCUGUCUGUGUUGUGUUUUUGACCACCUGAGCCCCUCCAGAGCGAAGCACCCGAGCAGGAGCCGGGAUUCCCCCGGGGUUCUUGAACUCCGUGUGUAAAUAAGAGCUCUUGGUUUCUCAGACUUGUAAGCAGACCUUGAAAAUGGCCUUAAUUUCAACCUGACACCCCUUGGAUGCAGCUGGCACAGUUAGGGACCCUCCAGCUGAGAGAAAUCCGGGUUUGAUCCCUGGGGAGGGAAUGUCCCCGUGGGAAGGGUGCGUGUGACAGGAUGGGCUCCAGCAGGGAAAAGCUGCCUCAUCCCGACCCUCUGAGAUCCAGGGAUUCCAGCAGCUCCUGCCUUUCCCUUCUCCCAGGGGAACCUUUCACCUGCGAGCUGCCCCAGGGGGUUUCCCCCUUCUCACUCCCUAAAAUUCCAAUUUUUGUGGCAUCCGGAAGCAAGCGCAGAGAAAAGCGUGGAGCGGAUCCCGAGCGUUCCCAGGACAAAUAAUCUGCUUUUAGUUCAAAUGUGACAACCCUGUGCUCAUUUCAGUGUGUGAGGCGCCCUCCCCACGGGUGAGAACAGAAAGGGAAAACCAUCAAAAAAAAACAAAUCGAGGAGAAGAUGGUGUUAAUUGCUCUUAUGGCUAAGUUUGAUCUCAGUGGUGGUGAAGCUGUCUGGUGUCUCCGGGGGUGACUGUCCCACCCUCCCUCCGUGUUUUUCUAUCUCCAUAAGGAAUUAACCCCCCAAUUCCCAAGCUAGACUGUUGCAUUUGCCAAUACAAUGGGGAAGAACAGGAAUAAACCCUCGGUGCAUCCAAAACUGUGAUUUUUUUUCCAGCAGCCAGCCCAGCCCCGGGGCUGUGGGGGGCUCUUUCCCUGUACAUAGAUCCCCCUGUGGGCAUGUGAGACCCGGCCCGGCUCCCUCGGCUUCUGCAUGGCAGGGAGCGCUUGCCAGCCCCCCCUGUGCCCCCCACACGGCCUGGGCUGGGCUCUGCCCCCGCCCCGGGCUGAUUUUUCAUUUCCAAGAGGGGAGAACCUUCCCAGGAUGGGAAUCGUUGGCUCCGUGCGCGUCCCACGGGCGCUCCGGGGGUUAUUCAGAACUCGAGAGCACCCAUGGGUCACCCCCAGCUCAGAGGGAGGUUGGGUUUGCUGGUCCUGGAGGUCUUUCCCAGCCUGGACUGGGUUGUUCCUUUCCAGCCCUGAUUCCAGAAUUCCUUUCCAACGUUGGUUUGGUUUUUCUUCUCCUGCCUUGAUUCGGCCGUGCUUUUCCAGCCCUCACUUGGUGAUUCUUCUCCAGACUUGAUCCAGGUUCUUUCCCAGCCUUAAUUCAGUGAUUCUUUUCCAGCCCUGAUUCAGUGGCUCUUUCCCAGCCUCGAUUCCGUGAUCCCAAAAGUUUAUCUAAGCACAGUUCACUGAAUUUCCCUCAAAAACAAACCCGAAAAACUCGGAUUUCUGUCAAAAUAACAAUUAAGGAAAGACCCUGGGACCCCCCUCUGGACAGGCAGGGAGCAGGAAGGCCCCUCCUCCCCCUCAGAUCCCCACCUUGGCUGGUUUUUUUUCGGGAGAAACCCCAAAACCAGCGCGUUUAUUCCUCGGAGCAACGGCCCCCCCGUCACUGUGAUGGCAAUGUGAAAGCGCAGGUAGCCUUUGUUACGUGUGUCUGUCCUUUUUAAAAAACAACCAGGAAAAAGAAAAAAAAACCCAAAAAAACUCCCUCCCUCAUAGAAUUAAACUUUGUAGUGUUCCUGUUCUUUGUAUUUUGAGUUGCAUCUUAUUUAUACGGCGCAGUGUAGGCAUGGAUUGCAUGUCGGUUUUCUAUGCGGGCACCACGACAUUCUGACUGUGUAUUAUAAAUCAUUUUUACCUUUUUAAACAGGGAAAAAAAAAAAAAGAAACCAACAAAACCAACAAAACAAAACAAAAAAAAAACAACAACAA